AUGAAUUGCACUUAUCAUAUACAAAAUCAAAUAUCGUUAAUAUGUAGAGCUCCUCAUAAGUGUAAAUGUUAAAGAAAACUUUGUGCCGAAUGCCAAGAUACACAUGGAGUGGAUUCUAAAUAUAUAGUAUCAAUUAAAAAAUUCAGAGAUAUGGUUAACAAGAAAUUAACAGAGGAAAAGCUUGAUGAGAAAUAAUCUGAGUUAAUCAAAUAAAGAAUGAAUUUUAAAUCCGUGCUCUCUUAAACUGAAAAUAUGCUGAAGUAAAUUUGGGAAGAAUUAUCAUAAUCAAUAUAAUAAAUUUACAAUUAGAUUUAAUAGGAAAAUAAUUAAUACAUUAAUCUUUUCGACGAAAAUGCCAAUCUAGCAGAAUCCUCAUAUACUGACUUAGAAAAAUUAGUCUCUAUUGUAGAAGGAACUACUUUUAAUUAAUGGAAUGACUAGAAUAAGUCUUCGAUUAUAAAAUUAGAAAAGACCAAGAAUUUUUGGGAAUAAGAAACUUACGUUUUUAGUUAAAAGAUGAAGAAAGAAAUGAAAAAAAUAUAGACAUCAAUUAAGUAAUAAUAAAAAUAAUAUAGAAUUCAACAAGUUUAGGAAUGGAAGGAAAAUCUGAAUGAGAUUCUUGCAAACAUGAAAGACAUCAAUGAAUCAAUAUUCAGUGUCAUUAUUGAGAUGUUAAAAAAUUAGAAAAUUUCUGAUUGUCUAGGUUAUCUCUAAUAAAAUGCUAUUCCAAAGUUCUAUGAACAAUAAAUUAAUCAGGCAUAGAACUCAAAUGGCGGAAAAAAUAACAUUAAGUUUUUUGCUAAUAUUAUUAAAAACAUUCACGAAGAUGGAUUUAAUUACAUUGACUAUUCAACUGAAGAUUAUAAAUAAACAAGAGAAGUUAUCAUUAAGACAAUAUCUAAAAAUAAGAAGAUCAUUUAAUUUUUAAUAUUUUUAGUAAACCUAACAGCUAUUGAUAAAAGAUUCAUAUAAAGUGGAUCAAAUUCACUUACCUUAUUAGUUUAGAUGAAAGUAGAUUUGAUGAAUUAUUCUUUUGAAAAUAUCAGGAUCAAAAAUACUUCAUUGGUUGGUGCUAAUAUGGUAAGAUGUAAUUUAAGUGGAUCAUAAUUUGAGAAUGUAGAUAUUAGUGGGAUGAAUAUGAAUGGUGCUUAAUUAUUUGACUGUAAAUGGAAGAAUAUUAAAAUAAAUGAAUUGAGUUAUUUAGAGGGUCAUCAUGUGCUACUCUCCUGAUGGUACUACAAUAGCAUCUGGUAUUGGAGAUAAGUCUAUCCGUUUAUGGGAUGUUAAGGCAGGAUAAUAAAAAUAAAAAUUAGAAGGUCAUAGUGGAUGGAUUUAAUCAAUAUGUUAUUCUCCUGACGGUACUACAUUGGCAUCAGGUUGUGAUGAUAGCUCUAUUCGUUUAUGGGAUGUUAGAACAGGAUAAUAACUAGCAAAAUUAGAUUGCCAUAAUAGUUCGGUCCAAUAAUUAUGCUUCUCUAAUGAUGGUAAUUCAUUAGCAUCCGGUAGUUAUGAUAAAUCUAUCCGUUUCUGGGAUGUUAGGACUGGAAAAGAAAUUUAUUCCUCUUCUAACACAUAUAAAGAUAUUAAAGUAAAAUUUAAACAACCCCUUUUUCCAGAAAGUAAUAUUUAUUUUAAUUAGUUAAAACUUAUAUUUCAAUUCUUUAUAUACCCCAAUCCCCAAUAUUUUAAGCAUAAGGUGCUGUAAUUCUCAAAGGAGAAUUUAGCAGUUAAUCAGGAAUUGAUUUACCAUCAUUCUUCAAAUCUAAAGGAUGUUGCGUUUUGGAAACCCAAUUUAACUUUAAGUAAAGUUAGAAUUGAUUAUUAUCAAAGCAUUACAAAUAUAUAUAUCUUUUUUUUCGAGUAAUAUGUAAUUGUAUUCUGUGAAUGCCGGGUUAAACAUUAAAAAAUCUUUAUAGAAAAAUGA